CCCUUCUGUUACCACCCCUCUUCACCCUAGCUGUUCCCCCCACUGGCCAUGUAUCAUGGAGUACUGGCGGUGACCUCACAGCGCCUGUCCAAUUCAUCUACCAGACUCUCCCUCUCAGCUGCCAGCUACAGUCAGGCUGCGGCCAGGCACCCCAGGGCUGCCACAGCAGGGUUCAACUCUUUUGUCACGUGCGUCGUCUCCUGCCUCCUGUUUGUCCUGGCUAACGUUUUCCUGCAUCUACGUCUGCUGAAUACUAAGGACGCCCUCUGCUGGUGCCUCUAUUAGAUACUGAAGAUUAAACUAAGUUGCAACCCCUUGUGGAGGCCUACUUCUGACACCAAACUGUUGAUAGAAGACAGUAACAACUAAAUGAAACAAGUUUUGGUUAUUCUCUAAAACAAAAGAUGUCUCCUGAUUGCAAACAGCGCUGCUCCUAUAACUGUUUCAACGAAGCGUCUCUGGAGCCCGCCGUCUUUAACCGCUCCUUCCUGGAGUGUCUGGUCCUUAUAUGUAACUACGCCAUCACGGCCUUAGACGACGCAGUUCUCUCAGAGGCGGAGACCAACUAUAAUCAGCUGGCGGGUAUGAAUGAAACGAUGUACGAGUUCACCAACUGCUCGACGAAACCGGAUGGCUAUCGUCUGGACGAGAACACUACUUCCAGCUAUGCUGUUAUCAUUAAUGGAUAUAUAUCACCAGUGCUGGUUCUACUGACCGUCAUCAACAAUACUCUCGUCUGCAUUGUUCUCCUGAAACCGCACAUGCGCAGUCCAACCAAUGCUAUCCUCAUUGCCAUGGCACUGUCCGACAUGUUCACUGGGCUUUUUCCGGUUCCGAUAUUCAUACAUUUCUACGCUACAGAGCGCCUUCACGAGUUCGUCCCUUACAACUGGUGCUACGCUGUCAAGGUGUUUAUGGAGUACAUACCUACCAUCUUCCACACGGCGUCAAUAUGGUUGACCAUGGCCCUCGCCAUCCAGCGCUACAUCUACGUCUGCCACUCUUUUAAGGCCCGCUCCUGGUGCACCAUCCGCAACGUCAUCUACGGGACGGUGGCCAUUUACGUCAUCGCCACCCUGAGCCAAAUCCUGAGAUUUUUCGAGAACGACGUCACGGAGGUCUACAUCGCCUCCCUCCUGGACAACCAGACCGUCGUCUCCACCUGCAGCAUGACGUACCGCCCCUGGAUUAAGGACCACGUCAACACCUUCUUCGGGAUAUACUAUUGGUUUCGGGUCAUCUUCAUCAACACCAUCCCCUGCGUCUCCCUGGUGGUGAUGAACGCACUGCUGAUCUACGCCAUGCGGGUGGCGCAACAGAGGCGGAUGCAGCUGCUGCGGCAGAAUAAGAAGAGCGAGAGCCGGAAGUUGAAGGAAUCCAACUGCACCACCCUGAUGCUGGUGGCUGUGGUGGGUCUCUUCCUUUUGGUGGAGUUCCCUCUAGGAAUAUUAAUGCUUUGCCUCAUAAUUAAAGAAACAUUUGCCGUUAGUUUAGUGUCGGAGUCAACUUUACCAGUAGCGAGCCUCUUCUCUAACUUCUGCAUACUUCUCAGCUAUCCGCUGAACUUCUUCAUUUACUGCGGGAUGAGCAAGCAGUUCCGGGAAACGUUCAAGCGCCUCUUCACCGGGGCGGCCAUGCCCACGGAACGUGAGUACUCCCAGUACAUGACGCUGCCCACGGAGAACGGGAAGACGACGGCAGAGACCGCAAUAACUGGUGACGAAACAGCUUUAUGAUGUCCUUAGUUUCUGUGCUAUCUCUUUAUUCCUGUUCCAGAAUUCUACCAAAGGAUCACAACUAUAAUAAUGGAAAUAAAAUAUCUCAAUCUCGCCUAGUAAAUGUGUAGACCUGUGUACAAUCGAUGAAUAAAUAGUGUCUUCACAGAGGAAUUCAGAUUCAUCUUCUAGUGCUUUACACUUACUCAAUGUCUCCGAGACUUGGUGAACACUCUUAACACAGCGUUUAGAGGUCUCUCGACUUCGCAACAAAUCUGAGAUUCAAACUCUUUCAUUCUGUGGAACUGAGCCACAAGUCCUUAUGUGGCUCACGCGAUUUGUGGCUCAACCAACUUCUUAAUGCAUAGUUGUGUUUGUCAACAUGGAAAACAUGCUUAUAAAAAGAACUUACGGUGUAUUCGUUUUGAUGUAUACACGUGAGAACUGCUACUCAAGAAAUGGGGAUUUAAAAAAUUCCUAAAUUGUCUCCCCUCUCUUCCUAAUUGCCAACUUUCAAAUAUGUUUCUCCUGUUCCCCUCCCUUAAACUGCUAAUGGUGAUGUUUUGUGUAUGAUAUGUAGUUAUAUUAUUAUUUGUUAUUACGUACAAAACUAAUGUGUCACGUAUUUUACAGUGUUUGUGCAGACAUGUUUAUACUUUACUGUUAUGAUUUUUCGGGCUCGCUUUUAGUGACAGUAUCAAGAAGAUCUUCCUUUAACGGAACGCCAGUGUCACAGUGGAAUGCAGUGUCUAGUACACAUUAUAGACUGUUUUAAAGUUAUGCCUGUGUCCAGUAAAGAAGACUGUUUCAAAGAAAUAUCCGUAUUAAGUAGACAGUCCAAGUGAAAUGCUAGUGUUCAGUGUAGUAGACUGUUCCAAGGGAAUUUCCGCAUUCAGAAGACUGUCCCAGUGGAUUGCUAGUGUCUAGUACAGUAGACUGAUUCAAAGGAAUGUCAGUGUCCAGUAGACUGUCCCACUUGAAAGUCAUUGCCCAGUAGACUUAUUCUUAUUUCUAAUAGCUAAGCAAACUAGAUAUUUUGCCUCACCUGAUGCAGAUAAACUUGUCUGCUGGGGGUCUAUUUGAGUAGUCAUUUCGCUGUCUUCGGCAAGGGGGCCUUCUGUGGGUUUCAAGUGUGUGUCUUCGGCAAGGGGGCCUUCUGUGGGUUUCAAGUGUGUGUCUUCGGCAAGGGGGCCUUCUGUGGGUUUCAAGUGUGUGUCUUCGGCAAGGGGGCCUUCUGUGGGUUUCAAGUGUGUGUCUUCGGCAAGGGGGCCUUCUGUGAUUUUCAAGUGUGUGUCUUCGGCAAUGGGGGGCCUUCUGUGGGUUUCAAGUGUGUGUCUUCCGAUCUUUGUGAGAACAAUCCAGCUGCUUCUUUCAGAGCACAUCUGUUGCCAGCCGCUUUCCUCUACUCCAGUGAGGGCACAUUUACCCCUGAUUCGAUCAUAUAGCGCUUUGGGUAGGGGACACUGUUACGCCAUCCUCCGUUAAGCUAACCAUAAAAGAUCGUCCUUGUCAUGCGUUCAUCUCGCCUACGUGAUAGCUGGCCGACCUAGCACAGCUUUUGAAUGUUAAGUAACGCUUCUACACUGUCCACACCAGCCUAUAGAAAAACAUGUAACUAUCUUAUUUCAAAUAUAUUAUUAGAUCGUACCGUUUCACAUCAUAUCACAUCAUAUCGUAUCAUGGUGUGCUGUAUCAUAUCAUAUCAUAUGUCGUUACAAGUCAAAUGUAUCAAAAUGGCUCCCAUAGUUUCAUAGUACAAUAAAACACCAGAAACCCGCCAGAGUUAAUUAGUUUUGUCAAGCGGACUUGACUAAUUGUACUUAUGCUUUGUUCAGUACAUAGCAUGGACGCUUUAAAAAUCGUUUAAAACGGACUUUUAUAGUACAAGUUUUUUUCUUUUUAUAUUAUCCUGCUGCUAGUAACCGAGUGUUGUACGUUGGACAGAUUCACGGGACAAUUAAAUAUGUGAAUGCCAUUUUUGUUUUCUUGUUUCGUUAAAUAAAUAUCAUUGCAAAUGUAAUGCAUUGAAUUACAAAAUGUUUACAAAUUAUACGAUGUGUUUCGAGGGUACUGUAUAUAUUAAUAUACUGUAUGCAUGUUACAAAUCGGUUGAAUGUAUGCUGGGUUUUUAAACAUAAAACUGCUGUUUAAUUCCUUUGGCCACAAAUGAUAAAAUGUAUUUUAAUUUACUCAAUAAUUUACUGUCUUUCUAUCUUCUCUCUUUUUUCUUUCUAAUUUUUUUUUUUUACUUUUUUCCUCUUACUUUUUUCAUCUCUUUCUUUCGAACUCUCUUUUUCUCCAUGUUUUUAUUUUGCUUCCGUUUCUUAUUCAAUCCUUCGUUCACCUCUUUUUAUUUCUAUUUGGUAUCUCUUUCUUGUUUUUCGCCUUAU